AUGUAUCACGAGGAGCCAUAUUCAGGAGUAACUCUGGAAGAAAGUGGCGUCCGCUCUAAAUUAGGUGAGCAAUCACCAAGGUCUGGGACCGCAGGCGACUCGGUCAGUGACAACGAUUCACCGGCUACUUGGUACGCGAGCCUGUGUGUCACCUCCGCAAUGGUAGCAAAGGCGGGUAACCAGUAUAAGAAGUCCCGCAUUUUGCAGCAACUGCCGAGGCUUGUCUUACGUUCUGAAGCAACAUUCAACAUCCACCCCCAUUCAAAAUGUGCCAGACGCCGGGCGCCGACCGCUUCAGAGGCCGUUCGCGCCCGCGUUGCCGCCCAUUGUCACACCUCGCUGAAGCGGCUUCGGUCGGCGGGAGGUUCCCGAGUCAGUCCUAAAGCGGAAUGGGGCGAUAUCGGAGGCUGGCCAAUCCCACUGGCCGCUGGUGGAACCAUCGUCUGGCGUCUGCCAUCCGCCAGCCUGCCGUUCCUUCACCGUGCGGGAUUUGACAUCUUACUUCAUCAUUGCCCAAUCUUCGGCGAUGGGCAGAUGGGCCUCAAGACCGAGAUAAGUGAUGAGCUCGGAGGGGUGGGGACAUUGAGCUCACCGGGUCCCGACGAUGAGAUGGAUGUGGCACCCGCUGCCCGCUCCCGCCACCUCUUUUUUCAUGUUUCGCGCUGGUUGGACUAUUCCAAAAGUCCAAACCGACAUUUUGAGAAGGCGAAUUUCAAUGUCUGGGGCGGUAGAGAAUCCAUAGCUGAGAGAGGUUCGGCUGUAAAUGUUGAUGUUGUUUUUCCUGCACAUGCCAUGCAGGCCGACAAGAACAGACGGCGCGACGGCUAUCUGAAGCGCGAAUCCCACCAGUAUGUCGUCGACACGGCAGGAGAGGUCUGGAAGGACGAAUACAGGCAUACCGUAGAAGUGGAUAUUUGCCGGCUGGAUGGUCACCACGGUGUAACUGGCAAAGGGUGGCUGGCAAAUCGAAAUGCGACUCUCAAUACUGCCGCCUUUGCCAGCCAAGGCAACUCAAGAAGCAACGACGCGAUGAACACAGCGUCUUUCACCCGUGAUCCUUGCAACUGGCAAACUUAA